CCGAUCCGCCUACUCAACUAAUCAACUCUUACCACGCCGUCUCUUUAUCUCCGUCCGCUGCAGACAUGACCGCACUAACUCUUCGCGUCAAGAUCGCCGAGCAGGAAACCAUCAAGACAAUGCAGUUUGUUCUGGAGUCGAUGGUGUACGACGCCUGCCAGACGGUGGCGGACAGUUUCGACAUUCCUGCAGCUCGAGCAAAGUACUACGGGUUGUUUCUGAUCGAGGCUGCACCUGGUAAAGGAAAAUGGCUGGAUAAUCGGAAGGAUCUUGGAGUGCAUUGCCUCACAGAUGGAGUGAGUGGAGUAGCAAAGUUCUUGCCACUCAUUGCACACUUGCUGAGUAGUUAAGUCUAUGACUGAUUGAUUGGAUUUGUUGAUGAGUAGGAUCUGCUGGAAUUCAGGAAGAAAAGGCGACCGUUGAAAGUGAGAAGUUUGGAUGGCAGUCUGAAGACGUUGCUGGUCAACGACAGCUACACUGUGGUAGAGCUAACAACAGCCAUUUGUACACGAAUCGG